UAUUCUUUUUCAGCUAAUGCUUUAUCUGCUCAUCGAAGAAACCAUAUGUCUGACAUGUCACACCAGAGUGUUAAACCGUGGGCAUACUUGGAUCACCGGUGGCAACUGGAAGGGACAUUAUACUAUCAAUGCUGGCGAAUACCAAGUCCCGAAAAAUUAUCAAGUUUCCGUACUUUCGCUCAAUAGACCAGUUGUGGCAAUAGAAUAUUACCACGAGGACAAAAGAGCUUCUUGCAAUGUUAAUCAACUGCAAGAUAUUUUGCUUGAAUAUCGUUACUACCCAGACUACUAUGAAACUGGUAGAACAAUCAAGAGCUUGUUUUUGAUAGAAACAAGUUUCAACCCAUCUGAUGAGCCUUCAUUCACAGUAACACAGACAUUCUACUGUGGAGAUUCACUGCUUCUCGAUUGUUCGAUUGUAGAAGACAAUAGAAGACAACAACAACACAACCUUCUACAACAACAACUACUACCACAACUUUACCAGUCAUAA